AUGGUUGUUGUUGGAGCGAGUAACGGAACCUUCUCCGUUGGGAACACGAGGUCGUCGUUCACGGUGGAGGAGCGAGGCGGAGACCCCGGGGGCUCCGCCAUCAGGAUGGUGGCGGAGGCUCUUGCGCCCCGGCUGCUGCAGAUUGCGCAGGGCGCCGCGGAGGCUGCAGCGGCGGCGGCGACGUCUCCGUCCUCCUCCAGUCAGCCGCAGGUCAUGGAGACGAACGGGACCCGGUGCGGGGAGCAGAUCCUGAGCUACGGCCGCGUGGAGAAGGUCUUGAUCGGCGCGGUGCUCACCAUGCUCACCCUGUCCACCAUCUGCGGGAACCUGCUGGUGGUCAUCUCCGUGUGCUCCGUGAAGAAGCUGCGGCAGCCCUCCAACUACAUGAUCGUGUCCCUGGCCGUGGCCGACUUGUCGGUGGCUCUGGCCGUGAUGCCGUUCGUCAGCAUCACGGAUCUGAUCGGGGGUCAGUGGUUCUUCGGUCAGUUCUUCUGUAACGUCUUCAUCGCCAUGGACGUGAUGUGCUGCACCGCGUCCAUCAUGACUCUGUGUGUGAUCAGCAUCGACAGAUAUCUGGGAAUCACCAAACCUCUGACCUACCCCGUCCGGCAGAACGGCUGCUGCAUGGCCAAGAUGAUCGUGUCUGUGUGGCUGCUCUCUGCCUCCAUCACCCUCCCCCCUCUGUUCGGGUGGGCGCAGAACGUCAACGACGGCAGAGUCUGCCUGAUCAGUCAGGACUUCGGCUACACCGUCUACUCCACGGCUGUGGCCUUCUACAUCCCCAUGUCGGUGAUGCUGAUAAUGUACUACAGGAUUUACAGAGCAGCCAAACUCAGCGCGGCCAAACACACCAUCACCGGGUUUCCCAGGGAAGCUGCAGGGCCGGCUCUGCGAGGGGGGCGAGGGGGGCAGGUUCCCCAGCCGCUGGAGUCGGGGGAGACGCUGAGCGUGGAGGGGACGGAGCUGGAGGAGGAGGAGGAGGAGGAGGAGGAGGAGGAGGAGGAGGAGGAGAGCCUGGACUGCGCGUCAGCGGCACUGAAGCUGCAGCGGGAGGUGGAGGAGGAGUGUAGCGUGCGAGUGUCCUGCCUCCUCAAGACCGGCGAGCACCACCAGCGCCGGAAAAGGAAAAACCAGUCCAUCUUCAAACGGGAGCAGAAGGCCGCCGCCACACUGGGCAUCGUGGUCGGUGCCUUCACCUUCUGCUGGCUGCCGUUCUUCUUGGUGUCCACCGCCAGGCCCUUUGUCUGCGGGGUGGAGUGCAGCUGCGUGCCGCUCUGGCUGGAGAGGACUCUGCUGUGGCUCGGUUACGCCAACUCUCUCAUCAACCCCUUCAUUUACGCCUUCUUCAACCGCGACCUGAGGACCACCUACAGCAACCUGCUGCGGUGCCGCUUCAGGAACAUCAACAGGAAGUUGUCGGCGGUCGGAAUGCAUGAGGCUUUGAAACUGGUGGUGAAACCAGACUCGAACGUGUGA